AUCGUCAAUGCUAGGAGUAUUGCAGCCCUAGCUAUUUUUGUUAUUAUUAAUAUAAAAAUAAUAGUUUGGCAUUCUUGAACAGGCCAGCAUAUGAAUGAAAUGGACAAUGACGAGACUGAAACCACGCAUUAUUAUCUGGAAUGCGAAGGGGGUGUCGAAGAAUGGCAUUGGAAUGUAAAGAGUACCAAGCUGCUGGUCGAACUCUAUUCGGAACGACGCCACAGAUUCCGUGAUCCCAAAACAAGAAAACGCGCACUCUGGACAGAGAUUGUGGAGGACAUGGAACGGGCUGGCUACAAGGGCAUCAACGAGGAUAUCUGCGAUCGCAAGUGGCGCAACAUGAAGAAGACGUAUCGAACGUGUCGCGAAACAUUGCGCAAAAACGGACGCAGGCGUGUCGUCUGGGACUAUUAUGACACCUUCGACGAAAUGUUUCAUAGCGAACAGGCGCCUGCUGAAGUAAAGAACGAAAGUGGAGCAGCCGAACAGCAACAGCCGGCGCAUGUUGCAUUGACUGAUAUGUGUGCAUCCAUAGACGCUCAAGCCCUGGGCACAGAUAAUGGAACAAAGACGGAUCUCUCUGUCAGCCAGGAGCAGCAGCGACAAUUGUUAAUCUUGGAGCGCAAUCGCAUAGCUGCCAUACGAGAGCUGAGCAAACGGAUCGACGAAUCCAAUGCGAUACAACGCGAACGCAAUGAUCUUCUGAGAGAGUAUCUCACACAAUUAUAGGAGAGGAAUUAAAUUUAAUAUUGUACUAUAAUUUAUAUAAACAAUUAACAUAUGACUCUGUAUUAGUGGAUAGGUCUUUCUCGUGUAUGUGUGUGUAUAUUUAAAUUUUUAAGGAUUCUGGAAAUUGAACAUAAAUAGAUAAUUGUAAAUGUAAA